UGAUAAGCAGAUUUUUGGCUGUAAAAGGCAGUAAAAAAACAGAAUCAUGGGUAAAAAGGGUAAAGGAAAAGGCAAUAAAUUGGCCAAAAUGUCCGAAGAGGAGCGUGCCCGGUAUUUGCAAAUGAGGGCCGACAUGGAAGAGGAGACGAGACGCCGGAAGAUGCAGCUUAUUUCCAUGUACAUGAAGAACAAACUUAAAAGGGAGGAUGCUUUUGGCCGCUUGAACAUGGCCAAAAUCAACCAGGAGUGGCGCAGCAUUUUGCGUCAGGUGAAAAUCCAAGAGUUGCGACGCGAAAUUGUCGACGUGGAGUCCUUCUUUCAGGAGGCUUUGAAGCGCAAGGACCAGGUGAUCCAUCGCCUCAUUGCUCACAUUGAAUCCACUGAGGAUAUGUACGCCAAUCUGCAGCAAUCGCAUAUGGAAAACAUUACAAAAAUCGUUGACACCCAUAAGGAUCGGAUUGAGUUCUUCCGAAGGAUCUACGAGGACGACAAGCAAGCUGUGCUAAGCCAAUGGGAACAGGACUCCUCCGGUUUUAAAGAAAUGCAUGCCCAAAAGCAGCAGCAACUCGAGUGCGUUUUUUAUCAGUUGGAGGAAAGCACCGAUGGCGGAAUUAGGGACAACCACGAACGCUUCCUUGAUCGCUGCGAGGACCUAAAAAGUGGGAUGCAACUGCAGCUGGAGCAGAUCACCUCCAGAGGUGAAGCUCGACUGGAGAAGCUGUGGCAGGAGUACCAGUCGGUUCUGGCUGGCUAUUGUCAGCACAUAGAAGGCUUUUACGCGGAGUACGUGGAUCUUAAGCAACGCGAUGAAGAGGCAGCACUCCAGAUAAGCCAGCAGACCCACGAAAUCGAGAACCUUGUGGACCAAUUGGCCAAUUUGCGUUUGGUCUCCGAGGAGUUUUACAUUAAGCAGCAGGGACAGCUGGAGCAGAGGCAAGCCAUCAAACAGCAGUUGACUGAACGCUUAAGGGAGCUGCGCACUUGUGUUGAGCAGGAGGUGGCCAGGGAUCACCAGGCAUUUAAGCUGAUGUCUGUGGAGAGUUACAAUGCCUUGGAGUCACUCCAAGAGACUGCUAAUAAGGGCGAGACCUUGGUUCAACUCUCUGCGGUCUGUGCCAAGAUGGAAACCCAACGGGAGAGGAUGUUCCAGCUGCCUGAAAUAUCCCGCGAGGUUGUAGAGAUACGCGAGGUAGAGAAUCAAGAUAAUGGAGUUUUCUCUGAUCCAGGCACAGAUCUUCUUAAGGAUGAGGUUGCCGUUGUCCCACAAAUGGAGACCUUCUGGCGGCGGGUCAACAACGUCGCUGUGGACGUGGCCUGCCUGAAGCAGCAGAAGCGUCGCCUGGAGGCAGAGAACAGCCAGCUGAAGGCACAGUUGCAGGAUUACCUGGUCAAUCUGAACAUUGCCCAUGGCUCCAAUAGUCACAUCCACAAUUAUCUGGCCCGGCGGCCCAAGAGCAUGUCCGUGGAUAGGGUGGCGCGCCUGCAGCUUCAACCCAAGCAGGUGAAAAGUGCCCUGCCCACUGGUCGUCGACCACCACCGCCCAACACUCCGCCCACUUUCCAUUUUCACCCGGGAAGAAAUCGUGCGCCGGCCUUUGAUGCUAAUUUCUCCAAUGCGGUGCGGUCAAGGACUCUGGUUAGAGGAAGGAUGGACUAGGCCUUAGAAGUUAAAUUAAAUAAAAUUAAAUAUUUAAGAUUGACUUGGGUUAAAUUUAAAUCAAUAUU